CGGCCGCUGAGGUCCGAGCCGGGCGUGCUGAGCCCCGCGGCCACCCCCGGUCCCGGCCAUGAAGAGGGACGAGCGAGACGCCAGAGCCAUGCGGUACCCGCAGCCGCCGGACGGGGUCGGCUCGCCCCCCGAGAGUCUGAGGAACGGCUACGUGAAGAGCUGCGUGAGCCCCUUGCGGCAGGACCCUCCGCGCGGCUUCUUCUUCCACCUCUGCCGCUUCUGCAACGUGGAGCUGCUGCUGCCGCCGGCCUCCCCCCAGCAGCCGCGGCGCGGCUCCCCCUUCUCCCGGGCGCGCCUCGCUCUGGGCGCUCUGGCCGCCUUUGUCCUCGCCCUGCUGCUCGGCGCGGGGCCCGAGAGCUGGGCUGCCGGGGCUGCCCGGCUGCGGACCCUGCUGAGUGUCUGCUCGCUCAGCCUCAGCCCCCUCUUCAGCAUCGCCUGUGCCUUCUUCUUCCUCACCUGCUUCCUGACCCAGACCAAGCGGGGCCCCGGCCCGGGCCGGAGCGGCAGCUCCUGGUGGCUGCUGGCGCUGCCCGCCUGCUGUUACCUGGGGGACUUCUUGGUGCGGCCUUGGUGGUCUUGGCCUUGGGAGGACGGAGACGCAGGGGCUCUGGCCCCGCACACACCCCCGGCGACGGCGGGCAGGUUGUUCUUGGUGCUGAGCUGUGUGGGCUUGCUGACGCUCGCGCACCGGGUGAGGCUCCAGCACAGCAUCCUGGUGCUGCUCUUCUCCUGCUUCGUCUGGUGGGUCUCCUUCACCAGCCUCGGGGCGCUGCCUUCAGCCCUCAGGCCACUGCUGUCCUGCCUGGUCGGGGGCGCUGGCUGCCUGCUGGCCCUGGGGUUGGAUUACUUCUUUCAAAUCAGGGAAGCUCCUCAUCAUCCUCGGUUAUCCAGUACCGCGGAAGAAAAAGUGCCUGUGAUCAGACCCCGGAGGAGGUCCAGCUGCGUGUCUUUCGGAGAAACUUCGGCCAGUUACUAUGGCAGUUGUAAAAUGUUCAGGAGACCUUCGUUGCCUUGCAUUUCCAGAGAACAGAUGAUUCUUUGGGAUUGGGACUUAAAGCAAUGGUAUAAACCUCAUUAUCAGAAUUCUGGAGGUGGAAGUGGAGUUGAUCUUUCAGUGCUAAAUGAGGCUCGCAAUAUGGUGUCAGAUCUUCUGAUUGAUCCCACCCUUCCACCACAAGUGGUUUCUUCCCUGCGGAGUAUCAGUAGCUUGAUGGGUGCUUUCUCAGGUUCCUGUAGGCCAAAGAUAAAUCCUCUCACACCGUUUCCUGGAUUUUACCCCUGCUCUGAAGUAGAGGACCCAGCGGAGAGAGGAGAUCGAAAAUUUCUCAAGGGGCUGAACAGUAGGAGCAGUUUACCAACUCCACAGCUGAGGAGGAGCUCAGGAACUUCAAGUCUGCCACCUCUUGAACAUUCUUCAUCAAGGUGGGAACGCAACAGUGGCAGAAGGCCUCACCAAGAAUUUGGCAUUUCAAGUCAAGGAUGCUAUCUAAAUGGGCCUUUCAGUUCAAAUCUCCUGGCAGUCCCGAAGCAAAGGUCAUCUUCUGUGUCGCUAACUCACCAUAUAGGUCUAAGAAGAGCUGGUGCGUUACCCAGCUUGAGUCCUGUGAAUUCUCCCAGCCAUGGACCAGUGUCUGCUGGCUCUCUAACUAAUCGAACACCUGUUGAAUUUCCUGACACUGCUGACUUUCUUACUAAGCCAAGUGUUAUUUUACACAGAUCUCUGGGUGAUGCACCCAAUUCGCCAGAUUUUUAUCAGCAACAUAGAAAUUCUGAUAAUAAUUUAUGUAACAGCUGUGGACAUCAAAUACUGAAAUAUGUUGGAACAUCUGAAUCAGAGUCUGGUACAGAGUACCACAGUGGAAAGUCAGGUGGUGAAGAUAACACCAUUUUCUCAAAAGAAUCACUCAACCUUACAGAACCUCAACAAGAAGUGGAAACAGAGAACAGAGGUUGCAGAAACUUAUUUUUGGAAGGUGAUAAUCACCUACCAGAAGAGGCACAGAAUGAACAGCAACCAAAUAUUGAACAAGAAGCAUCACUGGACCUGAUUUUAAUAGAGGAUUAUGACUCAUUAAUAGAAAAGAUGAGCAACUGGAAUUUUCAAAUUUUUGAACUUGUAGAAAACAUGGGAGAGAAAUCAGGAAGGAUCCUUAGUCAGGUUAUGUAUACGUUAUUUCAAGACACUGGUUUAUUGGAAAUAUUUAAAAUUCCCACUCUACAAUUCAUGAACUAUUUUCGUGCAUUAGAAAAUGGCUAUCGAGACAUUCCUUAUCACAAUCGUAUACAUGCCACAGAUGUCCUACAUGCAGUUUGGUAUCUGACAACACGGCCAAUUCCUGGCUUACAGCAGAUCCACAAUGAUCGUGGAACAGGAAAUGAAACAGAUACUGGCGAUAGAAUUAACCCUGGGCAAAUUGCUUACAUUUCUUCGAGGAGCUGCUCAAUUCCAGAUGAGAGCUAUGGUUGUCUGUCUUCAAACAUUCCUGCAUUGGAAUUGAUGGCUUUAUACGUGGCAGCUGCCAUGCAUGAUUAUGAUCACCCAGGGCGGACAAAUGCAUUUUUAGUGGCUACAAAUGCCCCCCAGGCAGUUUUGUACAACGACAGAUCUGUUCUGGAGAACCAUCAUGCUGCAUCAGCUUGGAAUCUAUAUCUUUCUAGCUCAGAAUACAACUUCCUUCUUAAUCUUGAUCAUGUGGAAUUCAAGCGCUUUCGUUUUUUAGUCAUUGAAGCAAUCCUUGCCACAGAUCUUAAAAAGCAUUUUGAUUUCCUUGCUGAAUUCAAUGCCAAGGCCAAUGAUGUAAAUAGUAAUGGUAUAGAAUGGAGUAAUGAAAAUGACCGCCUCUUAGUAUGCCAGGUGUGCAUCAAACUGGCAGAUAUAAAUGGCCCAGCAAAAAUUCGGGACUUGCAUUUGAAAUGGACAGAAGGUAUUGUCAAUGAGUUUUAUGAGCAGGGAGAUGAAGAAGCAAAUCUUGGUUUGCCCAUCAGUCCCUUCAUGGAUCGUUCUUCUCCUCAACUAGCAAAACUCCAAGAGUCUUUUAUUACCCACAUAGUGGGCCCCUUGUGUAACUCCUAUGAUGCUGCUGGUUUGCUCCCGGGUCAGUGGAUAGAAGAGGAUGAUGAUACUGAAAGUUAUGAUGAAGAUGGUGAAGAAUUGGAUACAGACGACGAAGAAAUAGAAGACAAUCUAAAUCUUAAACCGCAAAGAAGGAAAGACAGACGGCGAAUAUUUUGUCAGCUAAUGCACCACCUCACUGAAAACCACAAGAUAUGGAAGGAAAUCAUAGAGGAAGAAGAGAAGUGUAAAGCUGAUGGGAAUAAACUGCAAGCGGAGAAUUCUUCCUUACCUCAAGCAGAUGAGAUUCAGGUCAUUGAAGAAGCAGAUGAAGAGGAAGAAAGACAGUUCGAUUAAAAGAUAUAUUGAAGAAGCCCAAGGGCCGUGCCCAGUGUCAGAAAUCACUUGUUUACUGUGUUUUCAACUGACCAUUCUUACGUGCACAGGCCUUAAUACUGUGAGGGGAUCCUUGCCGUGCCAGCAAGUUCCCACUCUUAGGCACUUUCACCACAGAACUAGAAAACCAUUCUUAGAGUGUGGCUUCACUUGACUCAUGUAGCAAAGCCCUUACAUAAUGCCUUCGCUGGAGUAUAAAUACUUUGUUGUGAUACUGCUUUGCUUAGUAGAAAUCUUAUUUUUCAUGAGGGGUAGCUAUAACCAAAAACUCAAGUGACUGACUUCAGUUUCCAGAGUGGCCAGAACUUUUUGCUUUCAUGAAAACGAGAUUCGUAUUUUAUUUCC